CCACCGCCCCCGCCAUCCCCGCCGCCACCACCACAACCACCACCACCGUCACCACCGUCAUUUCUGCCUCCGCCUCCUUGGGGCCCUUCUCCUUCACCGCCCCUUUUGCCACCUCUACACAUUUUAGGCCUUCUGUUCUGGAGAAGAAGCUAUAGUCGGUCUUCUUUGUGGGCCCAGGGCACAGCUAAGGCAGACAGCGGCAGCGGAGCCGGCCAGGCCUCUGCCAGGGAAGCGACAGGCGCUACUGGGGACAGUGGCCCCAUCAACCCAGCCUUGCUAUCUCCCGGCGACCUGCAACUCAUCACUCUCAUCGUUGAGCAGCUCAAGAGCCCUGGCCUUUUUGACAGCUUCCACCGGGACUGCCUGGCCGAUGUGGACACAAAGCCAGCUUACCAAAACCUGAGGCAGAAAGUAGAUAAUUUUGUGUCAACGUAUCUGGACAAGCAGGAAUGGAAUCCUACAAUGAUCAAAAGCCAGUUGCAAAAUGGUCUGAGGCAGAGUGUGGUUCAGUCAGGGAUGUUGGAAGCUGGAGUAGAGAGGAUUAUUUCUCAGGUGGUGGAUCCAAAACUAAACCACAUCUUCAGGCCACAAAUAGAACCAGCAAUUCAUGAGUUCCUGGCCGCCCAGGAAAAAAAGCAGCUGUGCCAGCACCCCCCUCCAGAGCUUGAAGGCCAGGACCCACCAGCUCCAUCUCAGGACACUUCCUAAGAAUAUGCCUGACACCUUUUGAAAGCUCAAUUUUUGGUGAAGAAAUGGAUUCAGUUACAUAAGAGGGCAACUUCAGACUGAAGAUAGGCCAAGGUCGUCACUGGUCUAAAGAUUUCAACCUUGACUAUGGGCAGUGAACAGAUUGAAAGGGGAGCAAGUUCGGCAGCAGGAAAGUUGACCGUGUCAACCCCUGCAUUGUGCUGCCAUUUGGUCCCCUGUCCAAGGGCAUGACACAAGUAGACAGUACAGAGAGAGAAAAACACUACAGCAACCCAGGGUUUUCCUGAAACAGACUUUACUUGAACAUGGAGACUGCACGUGGACUUUAGGGUUUGUGCUCUGGGACAAAUGAAAGCUAUGGUGAGAGAGCAUAACCAAUCCCAAAGACAGUUUCAAAGAACAAUGACAAUAAAGGUUAACUGGGGGUAGUAUUUGACAGUGCUUAUUUGAUAUUGUCUCUCAGAGUUCCAAACUAGAUUGUACAAGUAAUUAGCAUCAGAUAGCUUUAAAGUUGUGACCUUCUUGUACCUCAAUCUUCUAGCCAGUUUCCUUUCCUUUGUAAUAGGUAACAAAACAUGAAAUCCUAGAAUGUGUGAAAAGUUCAGACAUGAGGUAUAAGGAAACUCAUCUGCAGGCUCUCUGUCCAGGGCUGCUUCCUGUCCUGCAGGGGCUAGUGAGUCUCACGUAUGUUUAUUUUAUUCUCACAUUUGUGUUUUUUUAGGAAAGUGUUAAUAAAUGGCUUAUCUUUCAUAAUAAAA